AUGUUGUUUCCUGAAGAAAUUUACAAUUUGCGUGAUGAUGGAUUUGAGGGGUCAUCCAAUGAGCACCAAAUUUUUACUGAGGUGUUCUUUGAAAAUAGUGAAAGAAAAAAGAAGUGUCAUGUGGCUGGACUUGUCAAUUUUGAAUCUGAUGACAGCAAAGAAACCACUCCAUCAUGCUUCCCAGGCAGUGGGAAUUCUGCAUUUGUGGUGCAAAAGGAUUCUUACUGCAAAAUAGAGGAAAUCUCUGGAGUAAAAAAGCUCGGUGAGAAACGGUUGAUGCCCUCAAUGGACAUCAUCAAUGGGCCUGCUCCAAAAUAUAGGAAAGUAUCAGGGAAUGAGAAAGACAUGUUAGCGUCUGAUAGCAAGGCCAGAUUCUCUGAAAUAAAUAGAAAGGGACCCUGUGGUAAAAGUGGGUCAAAGAAACUUAAGAAGUACUGUCUAGAGGAUGAUGAUCUUCUGAUUUCCGCUUUCAUAAAAAAGCCAACAUCCAAAUCUGCAAACAACAGGCCCUCUGGUAAACCCAAACCUCUGAGAAAGCAUAAGAGCAAAAAAGAUGGUUGCAGGUUACUUCUACAAAGCCUUAAUAGGGGUGGAAAGAACUUUGUAGAAGGGGAGUGGCCUUCUGUUGCUCUAAGGAAUGUAUUGUCAUGGAUGAUUUACUUUGGGGUAGUUUGUAUUGGUGAAGUAAUCCAGUAUCGGAAUCUAAAAGAUGAUUCCGUUGUAAAAGCUGGUGUAAUCACUAGGGAUGGCAUACUAUGCCAUUGCUGUGGUGAAGAACUAUCUAUCACCAAGUUUAAGAGGCAUGCUGGUUUCAAGCUGAAGAAUUCCUGUUUGAAUCUUUUCCUGGAAUCUGGUAAGCCACUCAUGUUAUGUCAGCUUGAGGCUUGGUCAGCUGAAUACAAGGCUAAGAAAGCAGGUCUUCAAACUGUACAAUUUGAUGAAACGGAUCAAAAUGAUGAUAGUUGUGGGCAUUGUGGUGGUGGUGGAGAGUUGAUAUGUUGUGAUAACUGUCCAUCUACAUUUCAUCAGGCAUGCUUGUAUGCACAGGAAAUUCCAGAAGGGAGUUGGUACUGUCCACGUUGCACGUGCCAGAUCUGUAAGGAUGUAGUUAAAGCUAGUGAGAGCUCUUCAUCCUCUAGUGCAAUGAAAUGCAUGCAGUGCGAACAUCAGUACCACAAGGCAUGCUUGAAGCACAAGGGCUUCAAACGUGGAGUGGCCUCUGAAAUCUGGUUGUGUGGUGAACGGUGUGAGAAGGUUUACUCGGGUCUUAGUUCCCUUAUUGGAGAAGUGCAUCUGCUUCCUGAUGGCUUCUCCUGGGCACUGUUGAGGUGCAACCCAUACGACCAGAAGAUUCAUCCUGGUCAGCAGUAUGUUGCAUUAAAUGCAGAAUGCAACUCGAAGUUAGCAGUUGCCCUCACAAUUAUGGAGGAAUGCUUUCUUCCAAUGGUGGAUCCUAAAACGGGCAUAGACAUGAUGCCACAAGUAAUCUACAACUGGGGAUCACAGUUCCCGCGCCUAAACUACUAUGGGUUUUACACUGUGGUCCUGGAGCAAGAUGAUGUUUUGGUAUCUGUCGCAUCGAUCAGGAUCCACCGGGCUACAGUUGCAGAGAUGCCCUUGAUCGCAACAUGCAGCAAAUACCGCCGCCAGGGACUGUGCCGGAGGCUGAUGGAUUGUAUAGAGAAGAUGUUGAAAUCUUUCAAGGUUGAGACACUCGUGAUAUCUGCCAUUCCUAGUCUGGUGAAGAUGUGGACACAGGGUUUUGGUUUCUCACCCUUGGAAGACGAGGAGAAAAAGAGCAUGAGCAACGACAACCUGAUGGUGUUUCCAGGAACCGUGUGGCUAAAGAAGCCUUUGUAUGAAGCUCUCGAGGCUGACCAGCCGACAGGAUCAAAGGAAGUCGAUGUGGCCAUCGUCGGAGAUCAUUGUAAACUGAACCUGUCUCCUCACUGUUCCAGUGCUGGAAUUGAAACCAGAGAUCCUGACAGAGAGGAAAUGCAGCUUGGCAAUGAAGGUGGUAUUUGUCUACACAGUAGAUGCUCAAUAUGCUCUACUGAGGUAUCAGUAGGCAACCAGGCUAGUCUUUUAGAGGGUCAUUGA